AUGGUAGCUCCGGCGGCUACUGCGACGCCGAUGGUUUCAAGUGCUCUGGAAGAUCAGAGACAACGAGGCGAUAUGGCGAGGGCACAGAUAGCGUCCAUGCCCAUGAAGAGAGCAGCACGGCCCGAAGAGAUUGCAGACUCCGUGGCCUUCUUGCUAGGCGACGAGUCAUCAUUCAUCACCGGACAGGUUAUCGCGGUGAACGGGGCCACUCCAUAA